AUGCCAAUUGGCCGAGCUGAGAUGACGGCUGCUGCGCCUUGCAGCUCAGGUACAGGAACAGGAACAGGUACAGGUACAGGUACAGGUACCCUCCCCCAAUAUCAUCCCAUCCCUCUCCAUCCCAUUCCGGACGGCAAGACGGAACUUGUCAAAAAGGUGGAGUUGGUAGGGCAUCAAAGGAUUCAUGUGGAGGUCGUUGCAGGUGCUUGGAUCUGGGAUCGCCAAUCAGAUGGCCAUCCAUUGCAGAGUUUUUCCAUAUUCCUUCCGCUAUAUACCGAGAGCAAGGAUCCCUUCUCGUCUUCAUAUGCCAAAAACCUGCCAGUCUCUUGCCAGACAAAGGCACCACUGCACGAGUGCUUCUACAUCACGCUGCAAAACCAGGGCAAUGCUACCCAGAUUAUCAUCUCACAGGUCUACGCUGCUACGGUACUAGUACUGCCCCGAUACUUCCGAUGGCGGCGACCGCGCGGCACAUUGGGGUACUACUGCAUUGUGCCUCGGGGCUGGGAAGCUCCAAGUGGCUGUACAAGCAGAAGCUGGUUUGAGAAUCCAGUAGUCGCAAGCAAUGUUACCCCGCUGUCACAAGCCUCCCUCCUCCAACAACGACUUGCGUGUGUGAAUGUGCUCGGAAUUAGAACUCAAUUGGGUUCAGCCAUGGAUCAAAGGAUGUCAAUGUACCAACAGAAGGUGUUGCCCGAGUAA